AUGCAAAUUUUUCACGAUUGUAUAGAUGCUAUUAUCAAUGCUGUUACUAUCCUUGCCAAGACUGUGGGAAACUACAACGAGAAAAAAUCAUUUCUGAAGAAAAAGGAAAAAUUGAGCUCGAGUUUCGUAUAAAUACGACUUCCAUCCGCUCAUUUCUCCACAAGUCUGACUCGUUCAAAACGAAAGUUAGGAAAUCGCCGAUUGUUGCAACAUACAGCCGGGAUUCCAAGCAUUUGGAUAUUUUUUAUUUUGAGACUUGCAAAAUAGAAAAGGUAGACAACAUGAAGAUUGCUAUAAUUGCCAUCAUUGCUCUAUUGGGAGGUGUUUUCGGACAAGAUGGGGAGGAUCCGAAUGGAGAACUAGCUAGAACUGAAUGGCCACAAAAUGAAGACUCAAACGCUGGUGCACUCGUCAAUUUUGCUGUUUCCGAUGUUGAAGAUGGUAGCUGCAGGGCUAAUCUCCCAAACGCCGUCAGUCUUUUCCACGUAACGAACGGUCAUAUUGUCCCAGGAGACAGCAGCCCUAUUGAAGGCAGUUACAAAAUUGCAGCCCCAGCAGAAUGGGAAGCCAUCAAUGGAACUAUAACUGUCCUCAUUAUCUUCAACCGGGAUGAAAUUUUCAAUCUUACCGAUAUCGAUUUUACAUGUGACCCAAGCGAUGUAAAAGACUUGUCCGUCUACUCCUUCCCCCAAAACGACCUCAGAAAAGAAGCCAGCUCCAAUGUUUUCAAACGAGACGGAUUCCACAAGGGAGACGUACUUACCAUCACUCUUCCAGUAGCAGUUGCCAGAUUCAACAUCACUGGUGCAGACAGCGAUCUAGUUGUUGAUGGCGAUGGUACGACAUACACAGUUUCAGGAUUCAAGAAUGAAGAAGGCAUUGAUGAUCACACCGAGGUACACUUCAGUAUCGAAUACUCUAGCGAGGCAGACUCCUGGUUUUCUGCCGGAGACGUCACUGUUUCAGUCACCCAAGAAGAAGCAUCCGAAGAAAGAUUAGAGGCCUAAGCCGUUUUAAAAGCAAUAUUAGUAAUAUAUGAGAUCGUUUGAAAGAUGGAAAUAAUCACAUUAUAAAUCUUUAACCAAAUGUAGUUUUUGUAAUAAAAUAAUCAUCAGUAAAACGA